CCUCAAGAAUGACAGUUUGAUGUUUGGAUGGGAAUAUAUGAUGUCCGUCACAAAGAUUCUGGGGGAAGGCACUCUGGUCGUCAGCCAUUAAAGGUUGCUCCGCUGUCAGAAGGUUCGGAUGACUUCAAGCAGAAAGAGCGAGUCGCCCUGCGGCAGCCUGGCACGUUCACAGACACAGCGGACAUGCAUUGAUGUACAACUGACGUAAUCGGACGCAUGCGCAGAUGAGCGUGCGACACACUGCCGACAUAUGGACUUAGGCACCGAAUCUAGCAAGUACCCGGGAGACGUUACCCAGGGAACGAGUGAGGAGGCUCCCUCCAACCUUCCCACAGUGCUUAUCGCGGUCGGGGCGGUGGGCGGGGCCGUGCUGGUGGUGCUGACCAUCGCCGUGUGCAGGUACUGUCUGGGGCGGCGCAAGGGACUCAAGAGCGAAGUGAGAGGCGACUAUGGGGAGGGUGAAAAUUUCGACAUCAACGUUCACACCUUGUCAGAUAUUCCCGAAGACGCCGUCCCGACUCUGGUUCUGAGCGGUGGUCAGCUGGGCGUUCCUGACCAAUCCACGCAGCGCAGGGUGUCCUUCCAGGGUGUGGAUCUCCUUGACGACGACGACAGCCCCUUAAGGAGGGACUCCAACAAAAGGAGAAGAUACACGGAGGGAGACUUCCACCACUUGAAAAAGGCACGUCUGAACAAGACCUUGGGCCUUCCCGCCAUCCUGAAGUCGGCCUCCGUGGACUCGCCCCGCCCCGCCCGCGAGACUUACCCGCUCCUCACCAUCACCCACGCCGACGAGAUGGCAGACGAGCCGGAGAGCCCGAAGGAGACGGACACCGAGUCCCCGGGCCCAGACAGUCGCCGCUCGGAUCGCAGGAAGUCCUCGGAAGUCAGCGUGCCCGUAGAAGUACACCGUGGAAGCGAGCCCUCCAAGGAAGGGUCAGGAGAACAAAGCGCCGUCAGGCAGUUCUUCCGCAAACUGCAGAAACACGCCAGCCUGGACGCGGUGUUGCCUUCGCAACAGAAGAUUCAGCAAUGGAAGACAAGCAGGCCUUGGAAGAGCUUCGACUGCCAAGUCCUGAGCUCCCAUCCACGCCCCCUGCUGAGACAACGUGCGGUGUCCGACCCUGUCGAAAGAGACCCGGGGAAGCACGAUUUCACGCUGGAUCGAAAAACUAAGAACUCUCCAGGCCGAUUCCAGUCCACGGAAAGCUUCCAAACUGUAGUAGGCGCGGAGGACAUAACGGCGGGACAAAAUCAAAAGGUUGAGAACAGAACGACAAGUCUCUCCACUCCGGACAACAAGGACCUGUCCCGCCACAUCUGGCAACUGAGAACCACCCUGGAAUUAGACACGGCGUCUCAGCACAGCGCCGAAUCACCUAACGGGGACAACCUGUCCAGUCCGGAACAGGAAGGAGCCGAGGGAAGGAAGGGGACGGAGAUGGGAGGCGUCUCGCCCGCUGUGGCAACGGCGAGUGCCGAGCCGGGGCCAGCAGGUCCGCGGUCCUCUCGCCGCCCGUUCUCCCGACAGGCGAGCGAAGAACGCGAGACUGAGGGAGGCGGAGGUGAAGACCCGCCCAGCCCCAACACCAGACUCCUGAUGAUGCAAGCAGACAGCGGCUACGUUUCCAUAGAAAAGCAGCCGAAACUGGUGCAUCAGAAGGAGGGAAUACGGUUUACCUUUGACGACGAGGACCUGGAGUCGAUGGCAGCCGUCCCCGAGGUACCAAUAACUUCUCCAACGGUAACGUCUCCGCGCGUCACCGUACAAGACUUCAGUCAAGAGCAGGAGAAGCAACAGGAACACGGGCAGGCGCAGCUAAGCCCUGUUCCUCUCAGCCCGAAGUCGGCGGCAGAGAGAAGGAAGUCCUUCACCUCUGACGGGAAAGCCGAACCUGUGCUGAUGGAGCUGGAGGCCUCCGCAGAGGGAAACAGCAGUCACCGUCCCGCCAGCCCGUCCAAACAACUCGUCGUCAAAGGAAAAUUCCGCCUCGCCUCGGCGAAAGAACGCUACGAGUACCCGAGACGAGAUUACAGCAUCGACGAGAAGACAGACGCCGUCUUUAACGAGUUCCUUCGACAGGAUGUGAUGUUUGAGGACACUCUGAGCGUGCGCAGCAGACGGAGGCAUCACCGGAAACGUCACAGCGAGAGCCUGUCAGAACAGGCCAAUCACAGCGCGCAAAACAGGUCGCCCGAGAGACACAGGCUCCCAAUUUCUGGCUCGAACACUUUGCCGCACGACAAGAGCAAGAACAAGGGCAUCAUGCGUCGGCUGGUACCGGAUAACCACGACAGAAGCAUGCAUAAAGUGGUGACCGAAAGAACUGACGACCGUGUCUCAGUGGAGAGUGGUAACAUUUUACCGAGACGAGCAACAAGUCCAAACACAUCUACUUCUAGUGAGAAAACAGACACCGGCAGAAAUACACUAUAGCUGCGCGAAUGCUGCGGUCGCGAUCGGUAGUAUGGAAUAAGUGAAAAUGCUUAUAUUACCGUCACCAAGAGUGGCUUAAAAAGAGAAUGGAGGGCAGUGAGAACUAUCUGUGUAGGGCUUUACUUGUACAAACGUUUCGUUUUCUGUUAGCCCGCUUUUACAUCUAACGAUUCAAACACAGCCUUUUUUGUUUUCAGGGACACAUCUCAGAACAACGUAGAAUGAUUCAAUCAACAAUUUAGAAUGAUUCAGACGUAAGACAGUUUACACCAUUGGAUCUCACCACCAGGAGUUUUUGAAAAGUUAUAACAAAAAUAUUUUUGCCCUGUACACAAGUCAGAUUUAGAGGAAAAUGUACACGUCAUAGAUAAUACCGUUCAAGAUGUACAGAAAGAAACCAAAUCAACUGAGAUUACGUAAUAUCUAUCACUUAUAUACUUAAACAUUUGCAUCAUUUUAUCGACACAAGAGUCAAACAAUACAAUAGUCUAUUAUAAAGAUGAACUUUCCCAUCAAAUUGGAAUAAAUAUCACUGUAAAUGUUGCAUGAUCACAACACAAAAACUACGUAUGACAUUUUCAUAAGUAUUAAUAAAAAGAACCUACCUACAGACGGUAUCGCAAA